UGUGGACACUGGCACAGAGGAAAAUUAAUGGCAUCCUUCACACACUCCACCUCCAGCUACGCCAUAUAUUUGAUAAUUUCUUCUUAUCCUACUGGAAGAUUCCUCUUCUCGUCAGAUUCCGUGAGACAAGCACCUUACUUCAACUCAACACAAACACAAGCCCUCAAUUUGCAUUUCCUCUCUCUGCAAAUCAAAUUUCAUAUUGCAGAGAGGAGACAAGUCAAAUGGAAUUCAACAACGGACAGCAAGCAAAUAGCCAGGAAAGCAAUGAAAUUGAGCAAAACAAAGUCCGCAUUAUGAGAGCCCAUGUUGAAAGAGAAGAUCCCUCCGUCAAGGACGUGGAUGAUUUGAUGAUCCGGAGAUUUCUGCGUGCUCGUGAGCUAGAUAUUGAGAAGGCUUCUACCUUGUUACUCAAAUACCUAAGCUGGAGGCGAUCAUUUCUCCCUAAUGGCUUUAUAUCUCCAUCAGAGAUCCCACAUGAACUUGCCCAAAAUAAGUUGUUUAUGCAAGGUGUUGAUAAGACGAAUCACCCUAUAGUGGUUGUUUUUGGAGCCAAACAUAAACCGUACAAAGGAAAUUUGGAGGAGUUCAAGCGUUUUGUAGCCUUUACUCUUGAGAGAAUAUGUGAAAGAAUGCCAACUGGGCAGGAAAAGUUUGUGGCCAUUGCAGAUCUUGAAGGAUGGGGAUAUACUAACAGUGACAUUCGUGGAUAUCUAGCAGCAUUAUCAAUACUGCAGGACUGUUAUCCUGAGAGGUUAGCCAAAUUGUUUAUAGUCCAUGUGCCUUACAUAUUCAUGACUGCAUGGAAGCUUGUUUACCCAUUUAUUGACAGCAAAACCAAAAAGAAGAUAAAUUUUGUUGAGAACAAAAAGUUGAAAUCCACUCUGCUUAAUGACAUUGAUGAGAGCCAGCUCCCUGAUGUAUAUGGAGGCAAACUACCAUUAGUUCCUAUUCAAAACAGCUAACUUGAUGACUGGCACCAUAUUGGAUGCUUCAGCUUUAUGCUGAAGGCUUCAGGAACCAAACAUGAUAAUAAUGAUAAUUCAUCUCUGCAUAUUAUUCUUCUCCCCUUGGUUCAUAAUCCUUCAAUUUGAGCAGAGAGAUCAUAUAUGUAAUUUUUAACUCUUUUUGAAUUUUGAUAGUCUAUACGGUUCAAAUUAAAAAAAUAUAUAUCUACUUCAUUGUCUUA